AUGGUGCACUCGGGUACAUGCACUGAUGGUGGUGCCUCCCCGUGUGGGGUGGCUGCUCCACAGCCCAUCGCUGACAGCUGCAACGAGCCCUGUGUUCGGCAGUGUCCCGACUCCAGAGUGGUGAUCUACCCUCCGCCGGUGGUUGUGACCUUCCCUGGACCGAUCCUCAGCACCUUCCCGCAGCAGAGCGUCGUGGGAUCUGCAGGAGCUCCUGAAGCUGGAACUGGCUUUAGUGCCGCCCGUGCUCCUGGGGGCUCACAUGUUUAUGGUGGUGCCAGGUGGGGACGGGGGUACCCGGUUGGAAGCUGUAGACCAUGCUAA